AUGUCUGCAGCUAAUUGUUGCAGUAUAUUUGAAAAAGAGAUCGUUUCUCGUCUCCUUCGUCCGCACAAGCGCGCGGACAAUCAUCUCACCCCUACCGAAACUGACCGUCUCACAAAUACCUUCACCCAGGUUUGGGGACUUCUUUGGAAGCCGCAGAAAGAGAAAGAAAGGGGGUUGGAAAGAAUGUCGCUCAAAGAGAUAUUUUGUAUUCGUCAACUCACGAUGUUUCUUUUCGGCGCCGUGGAUGUGGACGAUCUGCAAAAGAUUGCCGACGAAGACACACCUUGGGAUUCAUCCAAAUGCUUUGCUAGCCUAGAAGAAAUACUCGUCAGUUCCGGGAACCGCCUACAAAGGGAUCUGGACAGAUGGUAUGAUACGCCAGAUAGGGCGCCUUUGACCAUCUUUGCCUUCUUCGACCACUGGCAGGAGGUGUGGAUGGAGCAAUUUGACUGA